AUGCAUUUCUUACACCGCGAGAAGAAAGACCUCCGCGCCAAGCCGUCGCUGCCUGACCUCAAGCAGCAGUCGACCGCCGCUGCGACGCGUCUCAACUCUCUGGAUCUCGCUCAGACCUCGCCGCAGAUCGACCGCCGGGCGUCGCCGGUGCCCAGCCCGCGUCUGCGCCAGUCGAUGCCCUUGACUCCGCCGCUGACACCCAGCUCUUCACUCGACGGCGCCCGCACUUUGCCCGAGCCUUCGACGCCCGUCGACUCGCCGGUGAUCGCCGCCGCCGGCAAGGAAACAUCUGGCCGCCCGUAUGUGAGCCUUGGCGACGCGCCACCUCUCUCGCGUCUCCCAACUGAGAACGACGUCUCGCGCUACCUUCAUCGCGAUCGCAGUCCCACGCGAUUCGUCCUCGUGACGAACCUACCCACCAACGCCUCGAUCGGCCGCAUCACCGCCCUCUUUGGUAGCUAUGGCGGCGGCGGCGUUCUCAAAGGCAUCUGGGGCGGCCAGCUCGCUUCGCACGGGAUCCUUGUCAUCAUCUACUUUAACCUUAAGGAUGCCGAAGCCGCGUGCAGACACUAUGCUUGCGGUGCCGUCGUAGCAGACGAGAUGCUGAUCGAUAAUGUCGAUACGCGCGGCGCCGUGCGUACUCUCUCCGCGGGGUAUCUUUCCCUGGAGGAGGCGAAGAGGAUCACUUGCACGGGCGAGAACCCAGCCUCGCCUGUAACUCAGAUUGAAGCCGAGGCAGCGUUCUUCGUGCAUCUGUAUGCGCCUGAUGAGCAGCGUACUUCGUACUUACGCGCGAUGCUUGAGCGCUUUGGGCCGAUCUUUGUGAUGGAGCCCCGUGGCUGGGAGACCGGCGGUGAGUGGUCCUACGUCGAGUUCUUCGACACACGCGAUACCGGCAUCGCCCUUCACAACGCCGAAGUCGUCGCCAUCCAGCAGGGUCUGCGUAUUGCACUCCAGCCUACUCUGCAGGGCAUGAGCGCUCCUUUCGCUCCUGCGCCCGCUCCGCCGCCACCGCCACCGGUCGCACGGGUAAUGUCGCCUUUUUACGGUGGCCCGCCGCCCAUGAGCCCAAUAAGUCCAAUCGCGCCCUUUGCGUUCCAACCUGCGCUCGGCCCUGGAUUCCCGCCCGCGCCGCGUCCUUUCUAUGCCGCGCCGCCGCCUACGCCGUUUGUGCCGCCUCCGACUCCGUUCCUUGGGCAGCAGUUCCCACGUCCCGUUCUGCCUAUGCUCCAGAUGCAGAUGCUGCCGCCUCCUACGCCCGCCUCGACUAUUGCGGAGUUGCCCGGCAUGUUUGCGAACAGCUCGCCGCCGCUGAGCGCUCGCCCAUUCUCGCCGUCUCCUACGACGUCCUCGCCGACUCGGCCUACGCGUCGUCCGCGUGCUUCUCUCAACACGGGCGCGUCGCAUAUUCCGCCUCCGGAGAACACGCUUGACCUGGCCAAGAUCGAGCGUGGCGUGGACAUGCGUACGACGGUCAUGAUCAAGAAUAUACCGAACAAGAUCAGCGACCGCGAGUUGCUCAACUACAUCAACGAUGUCGUUCCGCGCCGCGUUGACUUCUUUUACUUGCGCAUGGACUUUCAGAAUGGUUGUAAUGUCGGCUACGCGUUUGUGAACUUUAUCACAGUCGACGAUCUCCUGUGCUUCGCCAAGGCACGGCUCGGGACGAGAUGGAACAUGUAUUCGUCUGAGAAGGUCCUCCAGAUGUCGUACGCGAACUAUCAGGGCAAGGAAGCGCUCGUCGAGAAGUUCAAGAACAGCGGCAUCAUGGACGAGCGCGAGGCCUGGCGUCCCAAGAUCUUCCACUCGGCGGGCCCUAGCGCUGGCUUGCCCGAGUUAUUCCCGCCUGCUACGCACCAGCGUCGCAAGGAGCGCUCGGCGCACAACCGUGGCGCACUCUUCGUACCAGGCUUACCCCGCUACUAA